AUGGAAGACAGUCGACUCAAUGAACUGUUUCCUAGAAUGGGAGACCGAGUAAUGGUGAUGAAUUUCUGCCAACGCCAUAUCGCACCAAAGAGACAAAGUCUCAUCGAUAGAUUAAAGCAUAAGAUUGAAGAAAAAAAUUCUUCAAUGGCCCCCUCAGGCUCUGCAGGCUCGAGUGGCAAACCACAUCGAAAAUACACGAGAAUGGUUGAAUUAGGUUGGAUGCAUGCAGUUGGGCGUGGGGAUUUCCAUUACGUAAGAAAACUCCAAGGAGGGGGUACUAGACAAGUACAAUUCGGUCGCGAUGCUCCAGUGAGGGACCUCAAAGAAAAAGCAAUUGAGCUUUUUUUUCCAGGUGGCCGUUCCCCUAAAGGAGUAUUAUCUGAAUUUACUUCAGUUGAAAUGGUGGAUUUCAAAAUGAAUGAACUGGACGAGUCUUUAAAAAUUCACGAGUAUUUUGAUAUAACUAAAUUAAGUAAGCUCAGAUUCUAUCUUGCAACGCGCCAGGAUUCGUUUGAGCCAGCCAAAGGCGAAAUGAAGAAAUUCAGGGGUAAAUUGCCACGAAAGACUAGAUCUAAGAAAUCGUCAGAAAUAAAAAUAAACCACGAACAAACUAUUGUCACAGAAAUAAGAGAUGAUAUUAUGGAGAACCCAGAUGCCAACAAUCUAACAAAUAUGGAAACUUCGAAGGAUGACGAAGAAUUUGACGCCUUCUUUAAAUCUGUUGUGGAUAAUAUUGACGUUCAGCAAAUCAUAUCUACCCACACGACCAGGAUACAUGUUUAUCGAGAAGAUGUAUUCGGGUGUUGUUUAAGAGCUUUGAGACGCAAAAACUUCAAACCAUUUCAUAAAAUACGGGUGGAUUUCACGGAUAUAGAUGAAAAGACCGAAGGUGCUGUGGAUGAAGGAGGCCCGACAAGGGAAAUGUUCCGCCUCCUCUUAAACUCCUUAGCAGAGAGUUCUCUCUUCACUGGAGAACCAAUGAAAUAUUUAUCUCUGAAUAAUACAGCAUUGAAAAAUAAUAGUUACUUUGAAGCAGGCAGAAUAAUAGCCUUGUCAUUAGUACAUGGAGGAUCUGGCCCACAUUUUUUUUCAGAAACAUUAUAUUGUCUCUUGGUUUAUGGCGUUGAUAAAACAACAUUCACCAUGCGAGACAUAGAACCAGAAAUUGCAGACAAGUUGAAAAUAUUCCAAGGAGAGGAUGAUUUAUCCACACUUCGAGACAUCAUACUGUCUGAUACAAUUUUUGCCACAGCAGGUUGCCAUUUCAUCGCAAAAAAGGAAGAUAAGGAUGUCAUUAUAGAAGGUAGAACCACAAUUUGGUAG